AUGGAGUUUUCCAAUUUCGAAGGGGCUUCCCAGUACGGCCCCGAUACCGACGAUACCACCUCUCUCUAUUCCUCCGUUCCUCCUUCAGUCAUUACCGCGCCUACUAUCAGCGGUGAUCUUGCUAGUCAGAUGGGCGAUAUGGGAUUGAACGGGACUGUUGCCGGAAGUGUUGUCGGCCAUGGCUAUGGGGAUGAGUACGACGAGGAGGCGGAAAGAAACACUUUCGGAGAGGGCAUUGAACAUGCUUGCAGCUACUGUGGUAUCCACAAUCCGCAAUGUGUUGUCAAAUGUCUGCACUGUACCAAGUGGUUUUGCAACUCGCGUGGCAAUACUUCGGCUUCUCACAUCGUCAACCAUCUGGUCAAGGCAAAGCACAAGGAAGUCAUCCUUCAUAAAGAGUCGGCUCUUGGAGAUACCAUCCCGGAAUGCUAUAACUGUGGUAGCAAAAACGUUUUUAUGCUUGGUUUCAUUCCCGCAAAGAGCGAUACAGUUGUCGUGCUUCUCUGUCGUCAACCAUGCGCUGCUCUGACCAACUCGAGAGACAUCAAUUGGGAUACCUCGCAGUGGUCGGCAAUCAUUGAUGAUCGCCAAUUUCUUUCGUGGCUCGUCAAGGUACCCUCGGAAGCCGAGCAAUUGAGGGCGAGACAAAUAUCCCUGGCUCAGAUUUCGAAACUAGAAGAGCUUUGGAGAGAAAACCCGGAUGCCAAGCUCGAAGACGCCGAGGCGCAGUCUGGAGAAGAAGAGAUGCAGCCGAUCUUGCUCAAAUACGAGGACGCAUACCAGUACCAAAACAUCUUUGGCCCCCUCGUCAAGAUCGAAGCAGACUACGACAAACGCAUGAAGGAGUCUCAGACGGAGAACGAUAUUACCAUCCGAUGGGACAUGGGUCUGAACCAAAAGCGACUCGCGUGGUUUUGCAUGCCCAAAUUGGAGAGCGGUGAAGUGAGGUUGGCGGUGGGCGACGAGCUGAAGUUGAAGUUUGUUGGCACUUCAAACAGCGUUGCUUGGGAAGGGAUUGGUGGAGUCGUCAAGAUCCCCAACAACGCUUCCGAUGAGAUUUGUCUCGAGCUUCGCAGGAAUGACGGCGUUCCCGCGGACUGUACUCAUGGGUUCUCGGUGGAUUUCAUCUGGAAAUCGACCAGCUUUGAUCGUAUGCAAGCUGCCAUGAAGACGUUCGCCAUUGACGAGAAGAGUGUCAGCGGGUAUAUUUAUCACAAGCUGUUGGGUCACGAGGUUGAGCCUCAGGUGCUCCGUACGCAGAUGCCCAAACGAUUCACUGCCCCCAAUCUUCCCGACCUCAACUCUUCGCAGAUGACUGCUGUCAAAGCUGUACUCCAAAAACCCCUGAGCUUAAUUCAAGGCCCGCCCGGUACUGGUAAAACUGUCACCUCGGCUUCUAUUGUCUACCACCUCGCCAAGAUGAACCCUGGCCAAGUGCUUGUCUGUGCCCCUUCCAACGUCGCCGUCGACCACUUGUGUGAAAAGAUUCACCUGACCGGAUUAAAGGUCGUGCGUCUGGCCGCCAAGUCUCGUGAAGCGCUGGACUCGUCCGUGUCUUUCCUCUCACUUCACGAGCAGGUGGCACGGGCAGACACCCACACCGAGCUUCAAAAGCUGAUCCAGUUGCGAAAUGACCAAGGCGAGCUGAGUCAGAGUGACGAGCGCAAGUACAAGGUUUUGGUGAAGGCUUGUGAGAAGGAUAUCCUCAAUGCGGCGGACGUCAUUUGUGUCACCUGUGUUGGUGCAGGAGACCCUAGGUUGGCCAAGUUCAAGUUUAGGACCGUCUUGAUUGACGAGGCGACCCAGUCUGCCGAGCCUGAAUGUAUGAUCCCCCUUGUCAUGGGAUGUAAACAGGUCGUCCUUGUUGGAGAUCACCAACAGUUGGGCCCUGUCAUCAUGAACAAAAAGGCAGCCCGUGCAGGUCUGUCCCAGUCCCUCUUUGAGCGCCUCGUCAUUCUCGGCAACCACCCAAUCCGACUGCAAGUGCAAUACCGAAUGCACCCCUGCCUCUCUGAAUUCUCCUCCAACCUGUUCUACGAAGGCACACUCCAAAAUGGUGUGACUGCUCCCGAGAGGUUGAGGAAGAAUGUCGAUUUCCCCUGGCCAGUGUCAGACACGCCCAUGUUCUUCCACCAGAACCUUGGAACUGAAGAAAUCUCCUCAAGCGGUACUUCUUUCCUUAACAGGACCGAGGCUUCCAACGUGGAGAAGAUGGUCACCAAGUUUUUCAAAUCUGGCGUCAUGCCAGGUCAAAUUGGUGUCAUUACACCCUACGAAGGUCAACGAUCAUUCAUUGCAUCCUACAUGCAGCUCCACGGGUCCUUGAAGAAGGAUCUCUACAAGGAGGUCGAAGUAGCGAGUGUCGAUGCCUUCCAGGGUCGAGAGAAGGACUAUAUCAUCCUGAGUUGUGUGCGAAGUAACGAGCACCAGGGUAUCGGUUUUUUGAAUGACCCGCGAAGGUUGAACGUGGCGUUGACCCGUGCCAAGUAUGGUGUGGUCAUUCUGGGUAACCCCAAGGUUCUUAGCAAGCACCCUCUUUGGCUGUAUCUCCUGACCCACUACAAGGAGAAGGGGUGCUUUGUGGAGGGCCCGCUCAGCAACCUCCAGCCCAGUAUGGUGCAGUUCAGCAGGCCCAAAAAGUCUUUGGCCGCGGCAAUGGAUCCUUUCAAGAGGCGAGAGACUUCUGCUGUCGAGUAUCUGAACAAGACUGUUGGCCAGGGUCAAGGUCAAUCUGCUGCUGCCGGUCGAUUCGACCCCGCGUACUACCGAACGCACAAUCCCAUCUCUUUCGUUCCUCCCGACGCCCAGUCUGUCAUCUCUCAGGCCAUGACCAACUCUGGUUUCCCCAUGUUCCCUGGCGGUAAAAACAAGACCUAUACUGGCUAUGCCUCUAGCGUCGUCUCGCAGCAGCCUACCGAUAGCGGGCUUGCCCCUCCCCGUGCAGGACAGUCUCAGUUUGAUAGGUUUGCUCAGCAAGAUUCAGUUGCAGGGUCUUUGGGCGGCAAAGGAAGAAGGCUCUCGAUUGGGAGUGAGGCUGCGAGCGCGUCCAUGUACGCCUAUGGCUACAAGGCCGGGGAGGAUGAUGUGCAGAGCAUUGCACCGAGUCAAGCUGGAAUGACCGAGUUCUAG